AUGGGGAAUGGUGGCUGCAGCGGUGGCAGUGGCAAUGGAGGAGAAAGCGGGCUUAAGAAAGGGCCGUGGACGGCGUCUGAGGAUGCCAUUUUGAUGGAGUAUGUAAGGAAAAAUGGGGAAGGAAAUUGGAAUGCUGUUCAAAGAAACUCGGGGCUUAACCGUUGUGGGAAAAGCUGUCGACUCCGUUGGGCGAACCAUUUGCGGCCAAACUUGAAGAAAGGAGCUUUCUCCUCUGAAGAAGAAAGGCUCAUUCUUCAGCUUCAUGCUAAAUAUGGUAACAAAUGGGCUCGCAUGGCUGCUCAGUUACCAGGAAGAACAGACAAUGAGAUAAAGAACUAUUGGAAUACCAGGGUGAAGAGACGACAACGACAAGGUUUGCCAUUGUAUCCUCUUGACAUAAGGCCAAUGUCAGCACAAUCGCAGCCGACGACACCAACAAGUCCUCUUCCUACGACUAUGCCAAUGACACCAACAUCUACACCAACAACACCAACUGGGGGUGCCGCUUCCUCCAUCUUCCAAUUCCACAGCCCAACCACAAUGCACUCUCACUCUCCUUUAUCUUCACCACAUCAACAUGAACCACACACUUUCACAUCUUUCCCUCUCAAUCCUCCAAAUUCCUUCACCUUCCAUCGCCCACCGCCAAUCCUCGCAGCCCCGGUCCGAUUCAAGCAUUUUCGAACAAACAACAACCACCACAGUGCGGUUAAUUUUUCUCAUCAUCAUCCUACUCUUAUGGUCCAUUCUCCGCCGCCGCAACAGCUCUCCCGAGUGGAUUCCUUCCAAUUUCCAGCCAUGACUUUAGCAACUACAUCUUCCUCCUCACCCCACAUUCUUCAUAACGCCCACUCAGGAAUGGUUAUUAGUAACUGCGUAGGUGGUUUAAAACAGGACCUCCCUUCAUCAACCCAGUUUCACCAAAUGAAUGUUCCCCAUACUGGGUUGACCUUUAACGAUGAAAAGAUCGGCAACGGUAUGAGUUUCUCAAGCGCCGGCCUGCUGGAGGAUCUCUUGGAUGAAGCUCAGGUUUUGGCUUGUGAUGCCAAUUCCAAUAACCCUAAACUUUCUCCUUCUUCUUCUUUGGUUUCCCCCGAAGAACAGCGGCUCUUUGAUGGCUUCCAAAAGUUCGCCCAAGACUCCAAUACUUGCUUGUUUUUGAACACAAAAGCAAAGGAAGAAGGAGAAGAACAUGGGAGUUGUGGAAGUGAAGAUUGGUCAAAACUACUAAAUGCAGCAAUGCCAUCAAACAUGCAUCUUCCACAAUGGUACACAAACAAUAACGUCAACAAAGAAGAACAUCAACAAAUCUCAUCGUAUGGAUCAUCAGGACAAACAAAUUCACCAUCAAUUUUACCAAUUGAACAUCAUCAUCAUCAUCAUCAUAAUGACAACAUUGUUGUUGGUGGUCUUGAUGUCCAACAUAUUGCUGCUCUUUUCCCUGUCUCCACUACUGAACCACAAGACCAGUCUACAAGAACCAACAACAAUAAUACCUCUUGCCCUUGGGACAACUUGCCAGGAAUUUGCUAA